UGCUGUUACGCUGCACUUUGCUCCGGUACUUGGCACAGCCUUUGCAGUAUCGGCUAUUUUCUGAGAGGGAUACUGCCUUCCUUCUAACCAAUGCAGUGACUGCCUAUAGCUCCCCCUGAAAGGAGCUGGAAUCAUAACCCAGAGAGUGAACGAGUGAUGCGGAUGCUUCACAGAGAGUGACUGAGAGAGAGAAAAUCGGAGAGACUGGAAUAUGUGCCUGCCUUAGCAGCAUUGCAGUGGUGAAGCCACUGACUGACUACAUGCAGGUUACUGCUCUUAAUGCAUUGCUACAGAGAGUCCCAAAGUCAAGAUGAAAUGCAUCAUCCUCCUUUUUCACUGCUUCUCUGUUGUCAUCAUGCAUUAAUUGCUGAGAGUUAUUUUCCUUCCUGUGGCUGGCUGCCUGCAUCUCUUCUCGUACUGCAGGAGAGACAGUGAAGGAGCGAGCGCUGCAUCAGCCCAGUGUCCUGUCCCACAAGGAGGAUUCUGCAUGAUGUGCCAGUGCAGUCAGGGGAUGCUGCAAUGGUGCACAGGACGUCUCGAACAGCUGGAUUUAGGAUUAUUAAUGGUUUAUGACAGUGUCCUGGACUCCAUCUAGCAAUUAGCUGGAGACAUCAGCUGUCCCUUGGGGCUUGUUGUCUGCUUUCUAUCUUCCUUUCAUUACUGCUUUCACACCCAUCUGGGUCGACAGCAUUUGAGCUAGGGGAAGGGACCUUCUUGGCCAGUAACUGGAGGGUGCUGUGUGGAAAGUGCCGUUGUGAGCUCUGGAGGGAACUGCAGCCUUUGUGAGCUCUGGAGGGAACUGCAGCCUGACCAGCCAUGGCUCAAGCAGCUAAGCAGCUGAAGAAAAUCAAAGAUAUUGAGGCUCAGGCUCUGCAAGAGCAGAAGGAAAAGGAAGAAUCCAAUCGCAAGCGCAGGAACCGCUCUCGGGACCGGAAGAAAAAGAGAGGGCAUGCACCAACCACUGUGGACCCCUUGCCUUCUUGCUGCAAGCAAGGAUCUCCUGAAGGGAUGCUGGAGCAGGAGUCUGCUGUGCAGGCUGAUGCUGCAACCAGUUUCCUGAGAGCUGCAAGAUCUGGGAAUCUGGACAAAGCCUUGGAUCACCUCAGGAAUGGGGUAGAUAUUAACACCUGUAACCAGAAUGGGCUGAAUGCCUUGCACCUGGCCUCCAAGGAGGGCCAUGUGAAAAUGGUGGUGGAGCUGCUGCACAAGGAGAUCGUUUUGGAGACAACGACCAAGAAGGGAAACACAGCCCUGCACAUCGCUGCCCUGGCUGGGCAACAGGACGUGGUCCGGGAACUGGUGAACUAUGGGGCCAAUGUCAACGCGCAGUCGCAGAAAGGCUUCACACCCCUCUACAUGGCAGCACAGGAAAACCAUCUGGAAGUUGUCAAGUUCCUGCUGGAAAAUGGAGCCAACCAGAAUGUAGCCACAGAGGAUGGCUUCACGCCACUAGCUGUGGCUCUGCAGCAGGGACACGAGAAUGUGGUUGCUCACCUUAUCAACUAUGGGACAAAGGGUAAGGUCCGCCUGCCCGCCUUGCACAUUGCAGCCCGCAACGAUGAUACCCGCACAGCUGCCGUGCUGCUGCAGAAUGACCCCAAUGCUGACGUCCUCUCCAAGACUGGAUUUACCCCCUUGCACAUUGCAGCCCACUACGAGAAUCUCAGUGUGGCCCAAUUACUGCUGAACCGUGGAGCCAGUGUCAACUUCACACCCCAGAAUGGGAUCACUCCCCUGCACAUAGCCUCCCGUCGAGGCAACAUCAUCAUGGUACGGCUGCUGCUGGAUCGUGGGGCCCAAAUAGAGACAAGGACCAAGGAUGAGCUGACCCCUCUCCACUGUGCAGCUCGUAAUGGACAUGUGCGAAUUGCAGAGAUCCUACUGGAUCAUGGGGCUCCCAUUCAAGCCAAAACCAAGAAUGGCCUGUCGCCGAUCCACAUGGCAGCGCAGGGUGACCACCUGGACUGCGUGCGCCUGCUCCUGCAGUACAGCGCUGAGAUCGAUGACAUCACGCUGGACCACCUAACGCCGCUGCAUGUGGCCGCACACUGCGGCCACCACCGUGUGGCCAAGCUGUUGGUGGAGAAGGGGGCCAAGCCCAACUCCAGAGCCCUGAAUGGCUUCACACCCCUCCACAUCGCCUGCAAGAAGAACCACAUCCGGGUGAUGGAGCUGCUGCUGAAGACAGGAGCCUCCAUCGAUGCUGUCACAGAGUCUGGCCUGACCCCUUUGCACGUGGCUGCCUUCAUGGGGCACCUGCCGAUUGUUAAGACCCUGCUGCAGCGUGGAGCAUCUCCUAAUGUGUCCAAUGUGAAAGUGGAGACGCCCUUGCACAUGGCAGCCAGAGCUGGGCACACGGAUGUGGCCAAGUACCUGCUGCAAAACAAAGCCAAAGCCAACGCCAAGGCCAAGGAUGACCAGACUCCUCUGCACUGCGCUGCACGCAUUGGCCACACCGGCAUGGUCAAACUCCUUCUGGAGAACAAUGCAAACCCCAACCUGGCGACAACAGCAGGGCACACGCCCCUGCACAUCACGGCUAGAGAGGGGCAUGUGGACACAGCCAUGGCCCUGCUGGAGAAGGGAGCCUCCCAGACCUGCAUGACCAAGAAAGGAUUUACCCCUCUCCACGUUGCAGCCAAGUAUGGGAAGGUGGAUGUGGCAGAGCUGCUGCUGGCACGUGACGCUCACCCUAAUGCAGCAGGAAAGAAUGGCCUGACCCCACUGCAUGUGGCUGUGCACCACAACAACCUGGAGAUUGUCAAGCUGCUGCUUCCCAAGGGGAGCUCCCCACACAGCUCAGCCUGGAACGGGUACACCCCCCUGCACAUCGCUGCCAAGCAGAACCAGAUGGAGGUGGCCAGCAGCUUGCUGCAGUAUGGGGCUUCUGCAAACGCGGAGUCUGUGCAGGGAGUCACCCCCCUACACCUGGCUUCUCAGGAGGGGCAUGCGGACAUGGUGGCACUGCUUUUCUCCAAACAAGCCAACGGCGAUUUAGGCAACAAGAGUGGCCUGACUCCUCUCCAUCUUGUGGCCCAAGAGGGACAUGUGUCAGUUGCUGAUGUUCUGGUGAAACACAGAGUUACAGUGGAUGCAACAACCAGGAUGGGCUAUACUCCACUGCAUGUGGCCAGUCACUAUGGGAACAUCAAACUGGUGAAAUUUCUGCUACAGCACCAGGCUGAUGUCAAUGCCAAGACUAAGCUGGGCUACACACCCCUGCACCAGGCGGCACAGCAGGGCCACACGGAUGUUGUGACGCUGCUGCUGAAGCAUGGUGCCUCUCCCAAUGAGAUCAGCACGAAUGGCACCACUCCCCUGGCCAUUGCGAAGCGGCUCGGCUACAUUUCUGUCACAGAUGUGCUCAAGAUUGUCACAGAGGAAACUGACAUCCUGCCAGUCAGUGACAAGUACCGCAUGAGCUUCCCAGAGACUGUGGAUGAGAUUCUGGAUGUGUCGGAGGAUGAAGGCACUGCUCAUGUCACAGUAAUGGAGGAGGAGCUGAUCGCACCGAAGCCCAGGACACCUGAACCCAGAGACCAGGAGGGCAAGAGGGAGAUGCUGGAGCUUGUGACCAGGAUGACGCUGGAGCAAAUGGAGGAGUCUCCAGCUGUCCCACACAUCCCCUGUAUUCCACCUGAGACUGUGGUGACCAGAGCAGAGGAGCCUGAGCAGUUAGGACCUGUGGAGACAGAAGCUGAGCAAGUUAGCAUGCUGCAUGCGCCCUCGGUGUCCCCACAGGAGCCCUCCAAGGAGUUCGAUGAGGACUCUCUGAUCCCCAGCAGCCCAGCCACUGAGACUUCAGACAACAUCAGCCCAGUGGCCAGCCCCGUGCACACAGGGUUCCUGGUGAGCUUCAUGGUGGACGCCCGUGGCGGCUCCAUGCGGGGCAGCCGGCACCACGGGCUGCGUGUGGUCAUCCCACCCCGUGCCUGCGCUGCACCGACCCGCAUCACCUGCCGCCUGGUGAAGCCCCAGAAGCUGUCUGCACCCCCAAAUCUGGCUGAGGAGGAGGGCUUGGCCAGCCGGAUCAUUGCUCUGGGGCCUGCCGGUGCCCAGUUCCUCAGCCCUGUCAUCGUGGAGAUCCCCCACUUUGCCUCUUAUGGGCGUGGAGACCGUGAGUUGGUGGUGUUGCGCAAUGAGAAUGGCUCGGUCUGGAAGGAGCACCGCAACCUCUAUGAGGAGAGCUACAUGGACCAGCUACUCAAUGGCAUGGAUGAGGAGCUGGAGAGCCUGGAGGAGCUGGAGAAGAAGAGGGUCUGCCGCAUCAUCACUACCGACUUCCCUCUCUACUUUGUGGUCAUGUCCCGGAUUUGCCAGGUCUGUGACAUGAUCGGCCCUGAGGGAGGGUGCUUGAGAAGCACACUGGUGCCCAUGGUACAGGCCACCUUCCCAGACACUGCUGUCACCAAGGAAGUGAGACUGGCCCUGCAGGCACAGCCUGUGCCCGAUGAGCUGGUGACCAAGCUUCUGGGGAACCAGGCGACCUUCAGCCCCAUUGUCACAGUGGAGCCGCGCCGGCGGAAGUUCCACCGCCCCAUCGGCCUCCGUAUCCCUCUGCCCCCAUCCUGGAAGGACAAUCCCCGAGACAGUGGCGAGGGUGACACCACCAGCCUGCGCCUGCUCUGCAGUGUGAUUGGAGGGACAGCCCAAGCUCAGUGGGAAGACAUCACAGGCACCACAAAGUUGGUCUAUGAAAAGGAAUGUGCUAAUUUUACCACCAAUGUGUCUGCCAGGUUCUGGCUGGCUGACUGCCCACGUACGGCUGAGGCCGUGCACUUCGCCACCAUGCUGUACAAGGAACUGACAGCUGUGCCCUACAUGGCCAAAUUUGUGGUGUUUGCCAAGAUGAACGAUGCACGGGAAGGCAGGCUGCGCUGCUACUGCAUGACUGAUGACAAGGUGGACAAGACUUUAGAGCAGCAUGAAAACUUCACUGAGGUGGCCCGCAGCAGGGACAUUGAGGUGGUGGAGGGGAUGCCUUUGCAUGUCGAGCUCUCAGGAAACCUGGUUCAUGUUAAGAAGACCACGCAGCCACGCACCUUCCUCUUCCAGUCCUUCCGGGAGAACCGCCUUGUCAUCUCCAUCAAGGUCCGGGACAGCAGCCGGGAAGCCAGCGGCUCCCUGUCUUUCCUGCGCAAGGCCAUGAAGUACGAGGACCUGCAGCACGUGCUCUGCCACCUCAACAUCAGCAUACCACCCUGCACCAAGGGAAGCAGCAGUGAGGAGCGGAGGAAGACACUGACGCCGUUGUCUCUGCGGGAGCGAUACAGCAUCCUAAGCGAGAGCAGUUUCGGCUCUCUGAGCAGCACCGACCGUGCAGACCAGAAGAUGGUCGACAUAGCAGAGCAGCUGGGCCUUAGCUGGGCAGAGCUGGCACGUGAGCUGCAGUUUGGUGUGGAUGACAUCAACAGGAUACGUGUGGAGAACCCCAACUCCCUGCUGGAGCAGAGCAUAGCCCUACUCAACCUCUGGGUCAGCCGCGAGGGCAAGAGUGUCAAGAUGGAGAGCCUGUAUACAGCACUGAGAAAUAUCGACCGCAGUGAGAUCGUCAGCACACUGGAGGGCUCUGGCCGGCAGAGCCGGAGCCUGAAGGGCAGUUGGCGCUACACAGACAGGGACUACUCCCUCUCGCCCUCCCAGAUGAAUGGUUACGCUUCUCUGCAGGACGAGCUGCUGUCCCCUGCCUCCCUGCAUUACACGCUGCCAUCCCCGCUGCGUGCCGACCAGUACUGGAAUGAGGUGGCCAUCAUGGAUGCCAUCCCCAUGGCUGCCACUGAGCAGGAUGCCCUGAUGGAGAUGUCCGACAUGCAGGUGUGGUCCUCGGGGCUCACCCCCUCGCUGGUGACAGCUGAGGACUCCUCUCUGGAGUGCAGCAAGGCUGAGGACUCGGACGCCACAAGCGAAGGCCGUUUCCUGGGGCAGCUUCUGACAGACACACAUGGCCCGGACCACAUGGGCUCUAUGGACCUAGUUGAGGAUGACACAGUGGAUUCAGAUGCCAUGAAUGGUCUGAUUGAACUGCUAGACCAGGAGGAGGGGGAGAGGCCAGAGGAGAAGAUGCCAGCUGGGGACUGCCAGCUGGGGACUGGAGAGCAGGACCCAGAAAGUGAAGUUUCUUUUGUUUCAGUUCAGCAGAAGGUACAAGCCAGGAUCACAGCAUCACCGACCAUUAGCCACAUUGUGGAGAAGAGUGCAGACAGGCUGAGGGACUGGAAUGCAGAAGGCUCCUUUAUCUCCUGCCUACAGGACCUGACAACGGGCUCCUGGCAGGAGGGGGUCACCCGAAGGCUGCGCCCGACAUACACCGUGGAUGCCGGGGCGCAGGGCCAGGAGCAAGAGCAGGUCCUGGCACCAGCCGUGGAGCUGAUGCGGGUCAGCUCCGCAGAGGACAGCGACUGGCAGCGCCAGCACCCCACGGGUGGCUGGCUGGAGGAGGUAGACAGCCACUUCUUUGGGCAGGGCAACGAAGUUCUUCACCUCCCUGGGGAGCAGGUGACAGAGGAGCAGUUCACAGAUGAACAAGGCAAUAUCGUUACCAAGAAGAUCAUUCGGAAGGUGGUGCGUCAGCUGGGCCCCAGUGACACGGAUGACAGGCAGGAGCAUGAGGAGCUGAUUCUGGAGGGCUCCCUGCAGGAGCCCCAAGACCUAGAGGCCGAGGCUGAUCACUUCAUGAAGUACUCCAUCCUGCACCGGGAUGGUCUAGGGGCCAAGGAGGAGGUACAAGCGCGUAUCCCGAAACUGGAGGUCUCCGGGGGCAGGAUGGGGGCUCAGAUAGUGAAACGAGCCAGCCUGAAAAGGGGAAAGCAGUGACCCCCCCUCAAAUGGCCUCUUUUGAGGAUCUCACCUCAAUGCCAAACCACUGAACUCCACACGUGUUCUGACACCAACCUGAGAAGAGAAGAGAGGAAAACAGAGUGGAGGGGAGCAGGGCUGGCUGUACAUGUUUCUAUAGGCUAAUGGCAUGAUUUCUGUACGAGACAUACUUACCGUCCUACUCGCAUGACUGACUGACUGCAAGACGCAUGAGCUACAGUACUUAAAACAGACGGAGGGGCCUGCGUCCCUGCCCCACUGCCAGCAGGAGCCCAAAGACAGCAGCACACAUGAGGGAUAUCCUCUCAGCUCCUCUGGGAGGUGAGAGCUGGACUGGCAGCAUUCAAGAGGGAAGGACAACCCACCCUCACACAUCCGUGUGUGUCAGUGCAAUCCCACGCCUGUGCUCCAGCUGCAGGAGGGAGGCUGGAGCAGCAUGGCUGCUCACCGCGGAAGGAGAGGGGCUUGACCCUUGUCACCCGUGCUGCCUCUGCUGGACUCACUUCUCAUCCCUCUCAGUGAGUGCUGGGGCAUGGGGAGGGCAGCAGUUGGAAAAGUGUGGGAGAGGGGGGCUGCAGGGAGCACGGCUGCCCUGGGCAGAGGGGCUGGCGCAGGGCUGCCCUUCCUCUCCCCAGCACGUGCAGCAUCUCCCACCAGGGCAGGGCUCUGGGCUCGUUGCUUGUGUUGAAAGUGUAAACUGUACAGCAAUCAGCCUUGUGUAUAUGAACUAAUAAAUACUAUGCAAACCCCUAGGGACACUCUAGCAGUAUGUACAAAGCACUAAAAGUUCCACUCCCAAAUACCUCUUCAGGCUGCAGGACGGGCAAAGCCUUUGGAGUAUGUGAGCAGCUCUGGUGAAUGGAGCCGGGAGGCUACAGGAGUAAAAGGGCAGCAGACUGCCCCUGCCAUGUGCCCCUCUGCCUGAGCCUGGUCCCUUCCUGGCCUGAAGAUAGGGGCCCAUGGGGACAGUCCCCUGGGCUGGUCCGUGGUGCAAGCCCCAGUUUGUGCUGGCUUCAGCUGGGGUGAAUCUGGUACCUUCACUGCACUGAGGUGCUUGGGGCCCAGGGAAGAGGAGUAGUGAGACAGAGCAGGGGAUGCUUGUGCCACACACAGGGUUGUGCCUAGCUCUACUCAGCACAAUAUCUGCUCAGGAGAUGAGCCAGGAACUGGCAGGAGUCAAAAGCCUGCACUGCGCAUCCUGCGCAAGGGCUUUGCAGGGUCCCCUGGCCUCCCUGCGAGGGCACAAAUGAGCACAGACCCUUAACCCCAUGGAUGCUGGCCCUUCCAGGACCAACCCAGAAAUAUGGGGGGCUGCUCCCCUGGGUGGCUGCACUUUGGCCAGUCGAAAGGCCCUGGUGCAGCAGCCCAGGCUGAGCAGCCACUCUGGGAGCCAGGGCAACACCCGAGCCAGCUGCUCUAGCAGGGGAGCAGUGACAGGCAGGGCUGCCCAGACAAUGCAGAGAGGUGCAGGAGGUUGAAUCUGCUACAAAACUUGACCCUAGGAGGACAGAAUACAGACAGUGGCAGUAGGUCCCAUGUCCCCAGUUCUGUCCUUUACCUAAACAAUAUGGGGGGUUUGGCCUUUGUAGCACAGUGGUGUGGAGAUGCCCCUGCUCUUUUCAUGGAGUUGGCUGGGGACCUGUUUUGAAGGGCAUGAAGUUACUCUCUGUAGCUACAUGCAGAACAAGCCCACCUCCAGCUUCAGGCCAUGCAAUGGUGGCCCUGGCAGGGGCUACUGUCUUGCAGUGGGUGUGCAUCUGCCAGGAAAGCCCCCGGAUCCUCUGCAGUCUGGUUAAGAAGCCUAGCUGCAGCAAAGCAAAUGGCCCAGCUUAGCCCCAGAGAGCAAAACAACCCCUUCCCCACCCCACCCCAAAGUUGAGCCAUGUAGGCAGAUUCUCCAUCCAUCACCCUUGCUGUGUACAAUAACCUACCUAGACCCACUGCGACAGCUGACUCCGUAGCAUCACUGUAGAGUUGUGUUGGGUCCUGUGCUUUGGCCUCGUAUAUGCCUUAGGGAAUGUGCUGUGCUGCAACUGUGCCCGGCACCUGCAGUGACAUUGCUUUGCGCUCGGAUUGCUCGUAGGUCUGGUAGAGGGAGGCUGCACCCGACACUGAGCCUAGAGAAUGCUGCAGUCUGCACACUAGAAGCUUUUUAGAAGUUUUAAAAAAUACUUUUAUUUCCUUUUUUUAAUUGUUAUGGAACAAGCCUUUUGGAUCUCCCUGUCUUAGCCCUUGAUGUAUAGAUCAUUUCCCUGUACACCAGCUAUCAGACUAUGAAUUAAUAAAGAAACUAACACAGA